GCUCCCGCGCCCGCCAAGCCUGCGCUGGUUAAAUGGGCCAAGUUAGAGAGCGGCGGAGAGCGGAGCGGGUUUGGUCUGGGUCUCUGAACUAAAGCGUGACUUCAGAGAGAUAUACAGGGUUAAAAAAACAAAACGAGCAAACAUCCCACCAGUACCAGAUAUCUUCUCGAGAUUAAAUAAGGAACGUGAAAAGGGAGGGGGGGAGAAGGAGGGGGGGGGGAUUUUGUGAUACACCUCCGGGAAGGAGAAAGAUAACUUUUGUAAGAAUUAUUGGUGAAGCUUUUUCAUUGCUUUCUGUGACAGUACGAAACGGUGCACAAGGCAGGCGCCGUGAAGCGCUCUACCCCGGUAGCAGCCCUUAUAAUUAAAAGUUGACUCGUGUGUGGAAGUAACCGGAGUUGAGUGAGCCCGGUGAGCCGGACAACUGACAGCUCGCAAUCAGAACUAGUGGCCGAGUCCGCUCAUUUACAAAAAAAGAAAGAAAGAAAGAAGAAAAAAACCCACAGAACGGGGUAUCAGUUCGAAAAAUCCUCUCCAGUCCCAGAGCUAGGUCGAUGCGGGAUCAAUAAGCAUUUUGACCAACAUAAUGUCUACGGCUGCAGAGAUAUCGCCACGAUGUCAGGUAUUAGGUGUUGCGAGAGUCAGAUUAGCUGUGGGCAGGAGCGCGGCGCAGCUGUGAGCCCCCUGCGAGGAGCCGAACCUGGAGAGCGCCGGGGUCUCCGGCAUGGCACGCUGUUCCUGAACUUGGACGCUCUGCUGUCACAGGGCGCCGCCGACACUGACACGGGAGGCCGGCGCCGAGCUCAAAAGUGGCGCGUCUGGGAGCCGGGGACGGACGAACUCCGCAGGGCGCACCAGAGGCAAGUUGGAGGGGAGCCGGGGGAGCUCCUGAGCGCCUGUCGCCGGCGCGCCGCUCUCGCCGCUCUCGCUAACAUGCCCGCUAUCAAGAAGGAGAGGCUGGAGGGGGAGGAGAUGGCACUGGCCGCCUUCAACCAGCCCGAGUACCUGGCCCCUUUAAACGCCGCCGCGAUGCCCGUGGUGACCCCCCAUCCGCCGCCUUACGACCAGAUUUUCGCCCACCACCGGGCUUACUUGAUGCACGAGGCGGCGCUGCAGAACCCCCCCUUCCACGGGCACCCCGAGGACCUGGUGCUGGAGAGGUUCUCCUCCAUCCCGGACUUCCAGCCGUUCUUCGACAACGGGGAGCCCUGCAUCGAGGUGGAGUGCGGGGAGAACAAGGCGCUGCUGUACAUCAGCAAGCUGUGCCAGGGCAGCAAGGGCCCGUCCAUCAAGUACCGCGGCGAGUGGCUGACCCCCAACGAGUUCCAGUUCGUCAGCGGCCGGGAGACGGCCAAGGACUGGAAGCGCAGUAUCAGGCACAAAGGGAAAAGUCUGAAGACUCUUAUGUCCAAAGGAAUCUUACAGGUACAUCCUCCAAUCUGUGAUUGCCCUGGGUGUCGAAUUUCGUCUCCAGUGAACCGCGGGCGCCUGGCGGAGAAACGGACGAUCCCCCUCCCCCCUACGCGCAUCCCCAAGAAGGAGCUCGCCUCCCUGUUCAGCAGCGACGACAGCGAGGAGUGCGAGCAGGCCCAUGGUGAGCGCGCCGACAUAAAGCAGGAAGACGACCUCCACGUCAGUAUAAUGAAAAAGAGCCGCGACAGUGAUCUUUCAACAAUCAUCUCCAAUCUCCACCACACCAGACAGCUCGUUAUGCCAGAGAGUCAGCCCGGUGGCGAGAUCAAGAGGAACGGCAUUGACAUUGGCUCAGGACCAGCAGAUGACAUCCUAGGAAAGAAGAGAGCGUAUUCACCCAACAGCAACAGCGAGUGUCCUUCAGAGACCAAGAAAUCCCGAAGUGUGUCGCCCAAAGAGAACUCCCAGACCCCUGCACUGGAGCCGCUGGUGGGGCCGAUGACCCCUGAGGAGCACUACAGGCGGAUGAUGUCAGCGCUGAACGAACACGGGUCCUUCGAGGAGCAGCAGCAGCGCCUCUACCAGCUGGCCAACAGCAUGGGCGUCCCCAGUCACGGAGACCUCCUGCGCGCGCGCCAGGAAGCGGUGGCGGUGGUGAGGAACCCCGGCGCCAUGGAGGCUCACCUGCCCUCGGCCGGCAGCUCGUCCAGCCAGCGCAGGAAACAGGGCCUGCCGCAGCACCGCGACGCACACUUCUCCGAGAGGGAUCUCUCUCACCCACCCCCCCUGCUGUCACCCCAAAAUGCCCCCCACAUAGCACUGGGACCCCACCUGCGGCCCCCUUUCUUGGGCGUGCCCUCAGCACUGUGCCAGGCUCCAGGCUAUGGGUUUCUGCAACCGGCACAGGCAGAGAUGUUCGCCCGACAGCAGGAGAUGCUGAGGAAACAGAACCUUGCGAGGCUGGAGAUGUCCGCCGAGCUGCUGCGCCAGAAGGAGCUGGAGAACCUGCACCGGCAGAGGCUGAUGGCCGACCCCCUGGCCCUGCACCCCGGCCUGCCCCCGGACCACCCGGCCCUGCGCAGCCUGCACGACAUCCCCGAGGGGCACCCGCUGCGCGAGGAGCUCACCCGCCGCAACGCCAUGCUGGUGCUGCGGCACAACAGCACGCCGCUGCUCUCCCUCGGCCACCAGGGCGCGCCGGGGAGCACGCCGCCCAAGGAAGCCGGGGCGCGGAAGAGCUCCCGGAAAGGGGGGCACCACCGGAGCGACCCGCAGGGCCCCCCGGAGGCAAAGGACCCGCUAGGGGACGGCCGGGCGCGGGACGGCUCGGCGGACGGACAGGACGAGGAGAUGAAGGACUCGGAGAGCGACGCCGAGGUCGCCGAGGACCGGGCCGAGGGGCUGCCCAAGCCGGACGGCACCCCUCUGACCUCCGACCUCGGCCCGGGCAAGGACGCGGCCAAGCCCUGCGACAGCGGGAAGGAGCCGAGCGACGUCUCCGGCAGGCAGAGCGCCCCCUGCGGGUCCUUGGGGCCCGAGUCUCCCAGCCACCACCCCUUCGCUCCGGGAAUCAACAAGAGCGAAGCCAAAUACCUGCCGCCGGGGGCCGCCCCCCCUCUGCCACCCCAGCCUCUGCCUUUCGGGUUCCCCUACACCGCCGGGCCCUACUUCCACGCAGGCGCUAUGGGAGGUCUGUUUCUGGAUGGGGAGGAGGCUGGAGCUGUGGAGGAUAUCAGCAAGUGGACGGUGGAUGAUGUCUGCAGUUUCGUCAGCAGCCUGUCUGGCUGCAGUGAGUACACACAGGUCUUCAGGGAGCAGGCCAUCGAUGGCGAGACCCUGCCCCUCCUGACAGAAGAGCACCUGUUGAACAACAUGGGCCUGAAGCUGGGCCCUGCACUGAAGAUCCGCUCCCAGGUCGCCAAGCGCAUCGGCAGGGUGCUGUACAUGACCAGCUUCCCCCUGCCCUUCCCUCUGCAGCCACCUGCUCUGCGCCCCCCAGACCGGGAGCCCCCCGCCUCCGAGAUCCGCCCGCCCUCCACGGGCAGCGUCGCCUCCCCCUACGGCGUCCUGCCCCCCAGCCGCAUCUCGCCCAAGCAGGAGAACGGAAACUCUUCCUCCGCGGGAAUCGGCGACAUCACAAAACCGCCGUCUUAAAACAAAGGGGGGGGGGGGAGAGGGAGGAGGGAGGGGGAGGGCCGGAGCAGCAGGAGGCGCAGCUGCAUCCCCGCGAGCGAGCCGACCCUGAAUGGCCUGCGCAGAGCCCUGACCAGGGGCACAUGACCUUUUUGUUUGGACAGAAAAGAAGUUGUCACCUUCAGAAAUUCUCAAAGGCUGCAGAACCCAAACACUGCUGCAGUCAGGGGUUGUGCUGGGAUAAGUACAGAGACAGGAAGUGGGGUGGACGCGCGCGGGCGAGAGAGAGAGAGAGAGAGCAGACAGCUGGUCUUUAACAGCCUGCCAAAAAAAAAAAUGACAAAAAAAAAUUCUUCUGUCAGGCAGACAGAAGCUGAAGGAAACGUGUCUUUUCCUGGGAUGGCCCGUGCCGAACAUUUUUGGGCACAUAAAACACAAAACAAGUUUUCAAAGGGGGGGGUGGUGGCAGACUUUGCUUCGUAACGCGGUUCAUCCCUUCAUCAUGUACAAUCCUCACCCGCAAAAGAAAAAAAAAACCGGAGUUCCACAAUUUUGGCAACUAUGCAUUCCAAAGGAUCAAUACCAAAGAUUACAAAAAGGAUGUGAUCCAUGUUUACAGUGGAUUGGUAUGGCCGGGGCUGCUGCUGGCUGGGAACGCCGGGUCCUUGUUUUGUUUUGGCUGAAAGGACAGUUUAAGAAACAAAAGGGCAGCCAGCUUUCCAGGAGCACGAGGGCACCAGCCAGUACUGUGACUCUACAGGGAGAGGGGUGACCCCCCCUCUCUGACCCGACAGCCACCAACCCUGGGAUCUGCUUCCCCUUGCCUGCAGACGGGACACGAGAAGUGCCUCAUCACAGAGGUGAUCAGUGAGACUAUGGAUCACAGCUUUGGAUCUCUAACCCGACAGAUGUCUUUACACGCCAACGUUAACUACUGUGGGGUGAGACACCCUACCUACUUGUACAGUCAUGUGCAAAACACAAACAAAAAAAACUGAACAUUACAUAAGUGGUACUUUUUUGUUAUGUGUAGUUGCACGUAUUUCUUUCGAUUUUUUUUAAAACAAAAUCUGACUUGCUAACUCUUGGUGGUACUUUUUUUUGUUUUAUUCCUAAAUUGUUUGAUAAAGUUAUUUCUAAUGUAAUAUUAAAGCCCCACCUCAAAUGCUGCUUCAUAGCAAAUAGUAAAACAAAAAAUAUUUAUGACAUUUUUUGUUGUAGGUUGACAUUAUACAUUAUGUAUUCAUCCCCAGAGUGGAUGGUGAGGAUCAAUCUUUAACAUAAUAAUGGUGCUCUUCCUCGUUUUGUCUCGUCAUGGGGAAGAGAUAAUACACCAAGCUCUUUAUGCAAUUUUUUUUUAAGUUGUUCGUUUUGGAAUUUCUUUGAAACGUAAACAAUGUUAAUUAAACAGUCUGUAAAUUUGCCACCUA